UUGACCGUUGUAAUGAUGUCAAAGAGUGGAAAUACGACAAGUGACGAACAAGAAGUGUGUCGAGUGGCUAUUAAGGUACCUCCAUUUUGGCCGGACGAGUACGCGCUUUGGUUUGUACAGUUAGAAGGACAAUUUGUGCUUUCAAAUAUAUCGCAGGACAAUACAAAGUUUUACCAUGUAAUUGCUAAUCUGGACUAUAAAUACAUAUCGGAGGUUAAAGACAUUAUAACUAAUCCACCAGUUGAGAAUAAAUACGAAAAGUUAAAAAAGGAGCUUAUAUCGAGGUUAUCGGCUUCUCAAGAGCAAAGAGUUCGGCAGCUUGUGGCACACGAGGAAUUAGGAGACCGCAAACCUUCGCAGUUUCUACGGCAUUUGCGCAAUUUGGCUGGAACCGAUGUCCCAGACGAAUUUAUCCGAUCUUUAUGGACGAGUCGCUUACCAAGUCAUAUUCAAGCUAUCAUAGCUACGCAGACAGAUGUGAACUUGGAUAAUGUAGCUUUAUUGGCGGAUAAGAUCAACGAAGUCACUCUCCAACCUCAGGUGCACCACAUAGCCACACCGCCACACUACACCGCCACUUCAGCCACACCGUCAACUUCGUCCGAAUUUGAAGAAUUGAAGCGCCGCUUAGUAGACUUAUCUCGUCAGGUGGCCUCUCUGACAAUGUCACGUUCUCGCCCUCGUUCCCGAUCACGUGCUGACGUCACAAAACCAAUUAUUGGCAUAGACUUUCUUUCAUUUUUUAAUUUGCUUGUAGACGCCAGACACCAUCGUUUAGUAGACAAUACCACCUCUCUUAUUGCUAAGGCUUAUUCUGCUUCAUCAUUUGCUUUGUGCCAAAUUAAAGUGUUUACAGGUACUUCACGCUAUCAUAGCCUGCUGUCACAGUACCCUGAAAUCACGCGGCCGUCUGGAGAUCCUGAGGUACGGGAAGUGAAGCACCACACCGUCCAUUUCAUCUACACUACGCCUGGACCACCUGUCUUCUGCCGUCCACGACGCCUGGCACCGGAUCGGCUCCGCAUUGCCAAGCAAGACUUCGAGGACAUGGUAAGAAUGGGUAAUGCCCGGCGCUCCGACAGUGCAUGGUCCUCACCGUUACACUUAGUACCAAAAAAAGAUAACACGUUUCGUCCAUGUGGCGAUUACCGUGCGCUCAAUGCCCGGACAAUCCCCGACCGAUAUCCAGUUCGCCAUAUAGGUGAUUUUACACACAAUCUUUUUGGCUGCCAAGUGUUCAGUAAAAUCGACCUGGUGCGAGCGUAUAAUCAAAUUCCAUUCCACCUUUCGGCUUGUUUGAGUUUCCUUUUAUGGGGUACGGAUUAA